AUGCUGCGUUUCCCCAGAAAGUCGCGGAUGUCUGUCGUCUCGCAGCGCUCCCUGAUGCUUCUUCCUCUGCGUCGAGUCCAAUGUCACUUGUCUUCGUCGUCAACACGCAGACGGUGCAUCAGCGCUUCAUCAGCAGUCUUCUGCCGCCGCAAUUCGUCUUAUCACUUUAGCAAGUUUGCGGAGCUUGCCAGGCGCGAGUCUUCUCGCAAUCAGAUCUACCAAUCCCUCUCGACAGACCCCUAUGUAAAUCUCUCAAUAGAGCAUUUUCUGCUUGAGAAUGCUCCAUCUGACUCGAAUGUCCUCUUUCUCUAUGUCAAUCGACCUUGCGUUGUCAUUGGACGAAAUCAAAACCCAUGGCUCGAAACGAACCUCGGAGCUCUUUAUAACGAUCGUAUGAGGAGCUAUAAUGACAGCAGGCUAUCGCAGUCUUUGUCUUACAAUUCUAAAGACGUAUUGUAUGUUCGCCGUCGAUCUGGCGGCGGCGCCGUUUACCACGACGAGGGGAACCUCAACUACAGCGUGACCUCGCCACGGACUAGUUUUACGCGCAACAAACACGCUGAGAUGAUGGCUCGAGCUCUCCAUCGAGUUGGGGCCGUUAAUGCGAGAGUCAAUGAUCGUCAUGACAUAGUGUUGCCUAUUGAUUCCCAUGAGAUGUCGAAUGAGGAAUCUGCCGCUUCUGCGAAUGCUUUGCAACCGCGGAAAAUCUCGGGCUCUGCGUUCAAACUGACAAGGCAUCGAGCACUUCAUCAUGGGACAUGUUUGCUUGAUUCCCCCAAUAUCCAUGGUCUCGGUUCAUAUUUGAAGUCUCCCGCACGGCCAUACGUUAAGGCCAAAGGCGUCGAGAGUGUUCGAUCACCUGUUGCGAACGUUUCGUCAUUUUUGACGCAUUCCUUCGCUCCAUUCUCAAUCCAGAUGGUCAUAGGCAGCGUCAUUGAGGAAUUCAUCCGUCUCUAUCAAGUUAGCCCUCAUGCUUUUCUCCGAGCGCAACGCGCUCAUGCGAACGAACCGGGUUUGUACGCGGGAGAUGACUGGGUGGUAGGGACUGUCGGGGACUCUGAAGUAGCCGAAGAGCCGGAAAUCCAAAACGGAAUCAAAGAGCUAAAGUCAUUGGAAUGGAAAUACACCCAAACCCCACAGUUCACUUUUUCUACAUUUCCUACUGAAGAGGACCCGCGUGAAAGACCACCAUUGCCACCUUCUCUUCCUCCUUCGUAUCAACUAAUCCAAGUUUCUCUAAAAAGACUCAGAUCUUUCUCCGUCUGAAGCACGGAGCCGUCAUCGAAAGCCACAUUUCCACCUCACCAGAUUCACCCACAGCAUCUGCAGAGGCGGGUCGAAUCCACGAGUCUCUGAAUGACCGUAGACUCCACGAGCUUUCCCUGUCAAACUGGAGUCAAAUUCUCAGCAGACUUGGCAACGAAGAUGUUGGGGUUGAUACAGUGCAGGAAUUGUGCAGGUUUAUAGGAGAGAAACUUGCCGCAUCUCCCAAUUAGUCGAUUAAUCGGGAUUUGUCUGUUAGGAUUCGUCAUUAUAGCAUCUGCUUCCAUUUUUCUUAUGUUACACUGUUUAUAGCAUGUUAAGUAUAGAUCAUGUAUAGUAUGCCAGUUUGUUAUAGAGACUAGAUCAAUUUGUACAUGCAGUGUAUUCAGG